CAAACCAAUCAACAACCAUGCUUCCCAUUCCUCUUUCUCUCUCUCUAAGAUCUAGAGAGAGAAAGUUCCAACUUUAUUUCCACCCAUGUCCACGAAGUUGCUAACCCCCGUCAUGAGCGGAGGAGUUUCAAAGUUGGCGACCAAAUUGAUCACAAUCAGGCUUGUUUUUUUCGACGGUUUGUUUUUACAGGGAGCGCUUUUGUGAUAUUUUUGUAUCUGGGUGAGUUUUAAUUCUCACGGUUUAGGUUCUCUUUUGGCGGGUUUAAAAUUAGGUUCUGAGUUCUGAUUAUGGAGCCACGAGUUGGGAAUAAGUUUCUUGGGAGAAAGAUCGGUAGCGGUUCUUUUGGGAGAUCUAUCUGGGUUCGUACUAAUAGUCAGACUAAUGAAGAAGUUGCAAUUAAGCUUGAAAAUAUCAAGACAAAGCAUCCUCAGCUACAGUAUGAAUCAAAGUUGUAUAAAAUACUACAAGGAGGAACUGGAAUUCCAAAUGUGAAAUGGUUUGGUGUUGAAGGAGACUAUAAUGUCCUUGUGAUGGAUUUAUUGGGGCCAAGCCUCGAAGAUUUAUUUAACUUCUGCAGUAGGAAGCUGUCUCUCAAAACUGUUCUCAUGCUUGCAGAUCAAAUGAUCAAUCGGGUUGAAUUUGUUCAUUCCAAAUCAUUUCUGCAUCGAGAUAUUAAGCCUGACAAUUUCCUCAUGGGUUUGGGGAGACGUGCAAAUCAGGUUUAUAUCAUUGACUUUGGUCUGGCUAAGAGGUAUAGAGACACUGCAACGCAUCAGCAUAUUCCUUACAGAGAAAAUAAGAAUUUGACGGGAACUGCAAGAUAUGCAAGCAUGAACACUCACCUUGGCAUUGAGCAAAGUCGCAGGGAUGAUUUAGAAUCACUUGGAUAUGUUCUGAUGUAUUUUUUAAGAGGAAGUCUUCCAUGGCAGGGAUUGAAAGCUGGCACUAAGAAGCAGAAGUAUGAGAAGAUCAGUGAGAAGAAAGUAUCAACUUCUAUUGAGGCCUUAUGUCGAGGUUAUCCUACAGAAUUCGCAUCCUACUUCCACUACUGCCGGUCACUGCGAUUUGAUGAUAAACCAGACUAUCCUUAUUUGAAGAGAAUCUUUCGUGACCUUUUUAUUCGUGAAGGUUUCCAGUUUGAUUAUGUAUUUGAUUGGACGAUUUUGAAGUAUCAACAAUCACAGAUUGCCAAUCCUCCUGCUCGUGCUGUUGGACCUGGGGCUGGACCAAGCUCUGGCAUGCCUCUUGGUGCUGGCAACGUUGAUAGGCAAGCAGGUGGGGAAGAAAUUAGACAUACUGGUUGGUCUGUAUCAGAUCCCGCUCGCAGGAGGAACUCUGGACCACUAGUGAAUUCUGCAAACUUAUCAAAACAAAAAGGUCCAGUUACAAAUGAUCCUGCUCAUUCUAAAGAUGCUAUGGCAUCCAGUUAUAGUUUCUUGAGGUCAGGUGGAUCAUCAAGGAGGGCUGCAUUCUCUAGUCGUGAUGCAAUUAGUCGUGAUGCAACUGCAUUUGUAAAUGAAGCUGACCCUCGCAUCACAGAUGCCAACCCAGGAGCAUUUCAAAAGAUUUCUAGUGGGCAAAGAAGCUCACCUGUUGUAUCAUCAGAAAACCGUCACACAAGUUCCGGCAGAAACACUUCAAACAUACGGAACUUUGAGUCCACUCUUAGAGGCAUCGAGAGCCUGAAUUUCAAUAAGGAUGAGAGGGUACACUAUUAGCAGAUACACUCACAAAAUCUUACCCAUUGUAAAUUUUAAAACGGUAUAGUUUGUCACGAAAUAUGGCGUGGCAUAUGUGUUGCUUGUGGAAUUUGUUUAAGGAAGUCAAAAGUUGAAAUGUGCAGGAUGGGAAUUGGCACUGUUUUAAGUACUCAAUAAAGAACAAGAUCAUCCAAGUGGAAUCCCUGGGCAAAAUGCUCGUCUAAGUACCCAGUUUAAAGGCUUCCAUCAAAUUACAGUUUGAGUUGUAUGACAUGUUAUCACUACUUAUUCUUGUGUUAAAUUUCAUUAUGCAUGUGUCAAAUCACAAAAACAAUAUUUGUGGAAAUUUUCUGUUGGGGAAAGGCUCGAACCUUAUGUUUGUAA